AAGAAGCCAGAACUGUGAUUUGCUCUGACGUUGUCGACUCUGCUGACUGAGAGCUCUCUUCCUGACACACCUAUUCUUGCCUCUCUAGAUUUUGUCAAGAGAUUUAGAUGGAAACAGUGGUACCUUGCUUGACCAAUAAGUAAACAUAAGGGCCGAGUGCAACGGGGCCGGCUGCUUCCCCAACCUCAGCUCUGAGGCGUGCACAGCUUUAUAUUAUUACUAUGUUAUGACUACCAAGCGUCCAGAAAUGGAUAUAGGCGGGUUCUUAGACAAGAGCUGGUCACACUGAAGCGACACCUUUGUCGCUUAUUGGCUGGUCCCCCCAUGGGGGCGAAUACAAGGACACUAAGGAGUGUAUGGACACGGUGGGCCAUCGCACUGUGCCUUUUCCUUCUUGGCAGCGAACAGUUCCAGUUCGCGAAUGGGGCCGGCUCGGCGUUCGCUGAAACAGCAACAACGGUCGGCCAGCUGCUAUCAACGCAAGGUCAGCUGCAGCAAGGCGUGCUCGCGAUCGUGCCGGACGCCUCGUCUGGCGCCGGCGGGGCCAUCACAUUGCCCCCAGCCACUGGCGCCUCUCUGACGCUGACCGGCAAAGGCGGCGCGGUCCCCCCCGGCCUACUCAACAGCAGCUUCCCUGCAGCUUCCGUCCCCCCGUUCACGGCGUUGACCUGGGGGCGGCUCGCUGACCAGCUGGAUCUGCAGGGGCCCGCGCUGGCGCUGACAACAGGCCAGACGCUGUCUCUGGCCUCGCUGUCGCUGCUACUGGCUGACGUCAUCCAGCCGCUGGGGCGCGGCCCGCUGCUGCGGGAGCUGGGGCUGCCGGCGCUGGUGGCGCUGGGCGGCGGCGGCGUGCUGGAGCUGAGGAACGUCACGCUGGUGUUGGCCGACGUGGACCUGCGCGCUGCGCUGGGCAGCAUGUGCCGCGUGGAUUCAUGGCCGUACAGUCCGGGGGUGUCCAUCACCAACGGCCAGAUCCAGAUCUCGGAUUUCAACUCCACACCGCCCGGCGGUGGCCGCGUGCACUGGCGGGACGUGGUUAUAACCGCCGCCGCCAGCCCCGGCGGCCUGCCGCCGCCGUGGCCGUGCGCCGCCGCCGGCGUGACCCACGGGACGCAGCUGGGCGGCGGGGCGGGGGGGCUGCUGCCGGGGCUGCUGGGAAGCAGCACGGGAGCUGUGUUCGUGUCGCUGGCACGCGACCUGGCGCUCCCCUCCGACGGCUCUUGGUCCCCCGUGGAGUUGCCGGCGGGCCGGCUGCUCGUGUUGCUGGGCGACCCAGAUCGAUCCGCGGCGGGGUCGCCCACGGUUUUGGAUCUGGGCGGCAUCGCCGCCGCCUGGACCGCGCCCCGGCGGCAGUUGGUGCUGACGGGGCUGAGCGAGGACGGCUCGGCGGUUAGCGUGUCGCCGGAUUCCGGCAUCCCCGGGGCCGACAAACUGUACGGCAGCGAUCCGGGGCUGCCGGUGGCGGCGGCGCCGUACGCGGUCGCGGAGUACGGCGUGGCGCGGCUGUACGACCUGCUGCUUGUAAACCUGCCGCCGGCGCGGCGGCCGGCGGCGGAGUGGGCGCUGAUGGCGGCGGCGGUGAACAGCUUCGGCGUCAGCUGGGACGUUGAGGGUGAGGGGCCGGCGGCGGCGGCCCCCGCGCUGCGACUGUCGCGCUGCACGCUGGUGGCCCCGGACGGCGAGGUGGCGUUCCUGACACGUGCCGCACGUAACGCAACGGAGGCGGCGCUGGUGCCGCAGUACUUGGCGCUGGCGGAGGCGCCCAGGACGGUGGUGAGCGCCGACCUGGCGGGGCGGCUACAGCUGACCAGCCUGGCGUUCUACGGCCAGGAGGGAACACAGGUUGUGGUGAUGGCCAACGCCACGCUGCUGCCCGCCACCACCUACGCCGGCCUGGCGGGCGCGGCGCCGCUGCUGCCCGACACGCGCGUGUGGCCACCGCUGCAGCUGCAGCCCAGCCGCCGAGUGGCCAACCAGUAUGGCCCGCUGGGUCUGGCUGUGGCUCCCGGCCUGGCGUUUGCGCAGGAGCGGAUCGCGGAGUGCGGCGCACUGCCCGGCGGCGUCACCCAGAUCCUCAUCACCAGCCCCGACGACCGCUCCGUGUGGCCGCUGGCCCGCGCCCAGCCCUUCACAGCGGUGCCGCCGCCCGCGGACGACAGCGGCAGCGGCGGCGGCGGCGGCGCGGCCGCGGAAGGCUGCGUGGUGGCGGGCUACCCGCCGGGGCUGUCCAGCGGCCGCCGCGUGUUCGUGGACCUCAAGGGCACGCUUCGCCGCCUGGGCCUGUCCGCGCCUCUCACCCUGCGAGGCCUGGUGCUCUACAACCUGGCCCCCGGCGGCGCCUACCCGCUGGUACGCCCCGCCGACGCGGCGGCCGGAGACGCGGCGGCGGUACUGCCGCCCGCGCCGCCGCCGCCGUACGCCGCCGAUGCCGCGUGGGUGAACAGCUCCCUACCGCUGUGGUACUUUGACGUGCCCAGGUCCGAGGCCGACCUGCGCUCCACACCCGACACCGCCACCACCACCACCACCUCCACCACCACCACCUCGCCUCCCCGCCUGGUUCUGGAGGACGUGACGCUGGUGCUCCCCAACGAGGCCGAGUGGCGCGCGCUGGCGGCGGCGAUGCUGCUGGUGCACCAGCCCGACGCGCUGGGCGGGCGCCACCACCACCACCACCGCAGCAGCAGGCGGCUGCUUGCGGAGCUGGGGCAGGGGCAGGGGCAGGGGCAGGAGAGGCAGCUGCAGGGGCGGGGCAGCCGCAGGUCGCUGCUGCAGACAGGUACCUCGCCCAAGCCGCCCUCACCCGCGCCCCCGCCCUCCCCGCUCCUGGCGGCCGAGCCGCCGGCCGCGGCGGAGCAACCGCUGACGCCGCCGCCGCCGCCGUUGCCGCCGUCGCCGCCCGCGUCGCCGCCGCCGGCCCCGUCGCCUCCGCCACCGCCGCCGGCUCCGCCGCUGAACGUGGCGACUCUGAACGCCAUGCUGGCCUUUGCAAACAUGUCCACGCCCGGCGCCUACAACUACGCCGCCCGCACGCUCACGCUGGCGGCGGCUCGGCACUACGGCUGGUACGGCACCAACAUCACCAUCACAUGCCGCCUGCCGCCCGACGCGCCCGCCGCCGCCGCCGCCUCGGUGGCGGCGCUGCCGUACGCGCCGCUGAGCCUGCCGUACCAGGAGCUGGCGGACAUGGACGUGGACGUGGUCGUGGGAUGGGGCGUUCCGCCGCCCCUGCCAGCCCCGCCGCCGCCCGCCGCGCCGCCCUCGCCGCCACGCCAGCCUAACUCAACCGCCCCGGGCGGCGGCGGCGCCGCCGCCUUCAGCCCGCCGCCCUCCACCCUAUCCGAGUCGUCUGGCGGCGGCGCCGACGCCAGUGGCGGCGGCGGCGGCGGCAAGCGCGCCUGGGUGCUGCCGGUGGUGGCGACGGUGGUCACCUUUUUCGGCGUGCUGGCGAUCGUGGCGGUUAUAACCGCGGUACUGGUUGUACGAAUGCGUAGAAAACGGAAGCAGGAGGAGGCGGAAGCGGAAUCCAAGGAGGCAGCGGCGGCGGCCGCCGUCGUCGUCGCCGCCGCCGCCGCCGCCAACGGCGCAGACGGCGGCCGCCGCAAGCGCCGCAGCGAUGGCGGCAGCCUGGCAGGCAACGGCUCAACGGCGGGCUCCAAAGCCGCAUCGCGCCAGCCCUCCAAACGCACCCUCGACCUCGCCGCUGGCGGCGCCACCGGCGGUGCCGCCACGGCGGCGGCGGUGGUCGCGGGAGCGGGAGGGGAGGACUCCGCCGCAGGCCACUCUGCCCGCAUCGCAAUCGUGCUGGACACGGAUCUGGAUGCCGUUCCCGACGGCGCCGGCGACUCUUUCAUCAGCCGAGCCGCCAACUCUUUCCGAGCCACGCGCGAUUUGAUCCUGGGCCGCGGCAGCGGCUGCAACAGCCGCCUGGGCUCGCCGCUGCCGCCAGGCAGCGGCGAAGCCACGCCGACGCGCGGCGGCGGCAAGCGCGCCAGCGGCGACGGCACGCCCGGCGGCGCCGGCGGCGGCGGCGGCACGGCGGCGUUGCUGGCGGCGCUGGCAUCAUCCACGCGCUUCGGCUCCGGCCGCCGCAGCCCGGCGUACCGUGGCUCCGCCAACGGCAUGGUACCGGCCAGCGGCGGCGGCGGCGCCGCCGGCGGCGGCAUCUCCGUCGCGGCGGCGGCGCCGGGGUCGCCGUUGACCGGCGCGCCGUCGCGCUUCGCCGCUGGGCCCACGUCGGGACGCAUGCUUGCGAGCAGCAGUGGCGCCGUGGGGGCAGGCUCGGGAAAGAUCAGCAUCGACGGCUACGCCGCCGUCGCCGCCACCGUCGGCGGCGCCGCCGCCACCGCCGCCGGCGGCGCCAGCCGCAAGAGCCUGGCCGACACUGCGCUGCUUGGGGAGCCGUCGGCGGCGGCGGUUGCCAAGGUGUACCGGGCCUACGUGGGCCAGGUGAUUGUGAGGGCGCAGCAGCAGUCGCUGCGGGACAAGGCCAGCCGGGCGGCCGGCGCAAAGGACACCACCGCAAAGGAAGCGGACAACAACAACGAAAACAGCAAGAACGGCGACGCCGCAAAGGCGGAGGAGCGCAAGGCGCAGCCGCCGCCGCUCGAGACAGCCAGCUCCAAGGACAGCGCCGCCGCGGCGACGGCGCCGCCGGCGCCGUCGGCGCCGGUAGCAGUGUCUGUGGCGGCGGCGGCGGCGGCAGAUGCCGCCGCCGGCACCUCUGGGGUCCUGUCGCAGGCGAUGGCGACCGGCGCGAGCCUUCAAUUUGACGGCCCCAACUCCGGGGCCUUCGCGACGGCGGGCCUUCGCGACGCCGCCGCCGCGGCGACGUCGGGCGCGGCGUCGCCGGCGGGCGCGCUGUCGCCGGCGCCGUCGGCAAAGGCGAUGUCGACACUGCCGUCGACGUCAGCGCUGCUGGCGACGGCGUCGUCGGCGGGCGUGGCGGCGGCGGCGGCGGCGGCGGCGCGCUUCGCGACGGCGCCCCUGGGUGCCGAGGACGAGGCUGGCUUCCUGCGGGAGAUGGAUGCCUACCUGGACGGUUUCAGGUCCGCAGUCACUCGCACGCUGCCGCCACUCGGCGAUCUGGGCGAGGACGAGGGCAGCGAUGAAGACCAGGAGGAUAAAGAAAAAGAAAAAGAAAAGGAGAAGGGCAAAAAUACAAAGGACAAGGCUAAGAAGGACAAGAAGGCCGCGAAGGAGAAGGCCGACAAGGCUGAUGGCAAGGCGGACAAGGACGGCAAGACCGGCAAGAGCAAAUCAUCCACGGACUCGGAGAAUGAUGACGCGGGUAACAAUGAUAAUAAUGAUGAGAAUGAUGGUCUUGGCGCGCUGCGACCGGCCGCGGUGGCGUUUGUGCCUGCGGCUGUGUCGGCGUCUUCGCGCCGGCGGAGCGGAGCGGCGGCAGCCGCAGGAGGCGGCGGCGGCGGCGGCGGUCGGUCGGCGGCUGAUAAGUGGGACCUGCCGCGAUUGAUGCGGUCCCUGCAGGCCGAGCUGCGCUGCAGCGGCGUGCUGGCCUCGAUCCAGAUCCAAGACAUCAUCGAUGUGGGUCGGCCCGGCCCCGCCUUUGGAUCCGGAUCCGGAUCCGGCCUGGCGGCGGGCGGCAGCAGCAAGUCUCUGAUGCUGCUGCCGGCCUCUCGCGGAUCCAAAUCCAAAUCCAAAUCCCGGGAGCCGGGCCGCGCGGUGUACCGCGGGCUGUGGCGCGGGCAGCAGGUGGCUGUCAAGACGCGGGUGGAGGCGUUGGCGGGAGGCAGGGAGGCCCGCGCGCGGCUGCGUGCGGUGCUUGAGUCCGCGACGUCCACGGCGCUCUCGCACCCGCACAUUGUCGCCACCUACCUGUACGACCUCCGUGUCCUGGGGCCCCUCGAGCUCCCCACCGGCGGCGGCGGCGGCGGCGGCGGCGGCGGCGGCUCCGCCUCCGCUGCCGCCAGCCGCCGCUCCCUGAUGCACUCCGAGUCCGGCGCGUCGGCGUCAGCCGCCGCCGCCACCGCCGCCGUCAACGGCGGCGGCGCGCCGGGUGCGUCUGUGUCGGCGGCGGCGGCGGCGGCCGCGGCUGCGCGGGAGGUGUCCAAGCUGUAUGUGGUUCAGGAGCUGUGCAGCGGCGGCUCGCUGCGGGCGGCGCUGCAGGAGGGCGUGGCGGGCUGUGUGCUGGCGGGCGGGCUGUUCCGACUGUUGGCGCUGCGGCUGGCGCUGGACGCGGCGCUGGGCAUGAGGCAGCUGCACGCCUGCAGGCUGGUGCACGGAGACCUGAGGCCGGAGAACGUCCUGCUGGUAGCGGGGCCGCGUGCCGGUACGCCCGGCGGCCCAAGCGCCGUCGGGCCGCACGGCCACCACACGCCGGCGCCGCUGCUGCUGCCCACGCCCGCCAUGCAGCGCCCGUCCCACUUCCUAGAGUCGCCGCUCACAGCCACAGCCUCUGGCGGCGGCGGCGGCGGCGGCGGCGGCGGCGGCGGCGGCGGCGGCGGCGACGGCGGCGAUUCCAACAUGGGCUCGCCGCUCAUGCACGCCGCGUCGGCGCGCAACUUCGGUGGCGAUCGCCCGUCGCCGUUCGGGCUGAGGCAGAUGAAUUCGCCGGUCGCGGGCGCGCCCAGGAACCUGGAUUCGCCGGGGCAGCUCGCGAUCCGGAACCUGGAUUCGCCGGGGCUGCCGGGAUCCGGCGCGGCGUCGCCCGCGCCCGAGCGGGCGUCGCUGCAACGCGGUGGGGAGCAGGCCGAUGGUCCGGCGGCGGCGGCGGCGGCGGCGGUGGCUGCGACGGCGGCGGCGACGGUCAGGGCGGCGGCGGCGCGGGCAGUGGCGGCGCGCGCGGCGGCGGAGCACGAGGACCCUGUGCCCGGCGGGCCGCCGCCGCCGCCGCCGCCGGGUGCGGGCUUGGCGGAGGUGGUUGCAAAGGCCGUCAUCCCGGGUAGGCGGAACCCGGACUCCCCUACGCUAGGCCUGCCGCCCGCUGCAGGCCUGACGGGCGGCCUGGCAACACCGUUGCGGUCUCCUCCGGCCGCCAUUCCCGCGGCCCAACUGGACGGGAGCGAUGGGAUCGCCACCCCAGACGCCGCCGCCGCCGCCGCCGCCGCCGCUGCCGCCGCGCUGGGCUCGCCGGGCGGCCGCGGUGGCGGCGGCGGCGGCGGUGCCGCCGCCACGACCGGCGGCGGCGCCGAUGGUGUCGGCGGCGGCGGCGGCGGCGGCGGCGCGGCCCGGCUUGGCGGCGGCCCCAGCUUCCGCGCCUCCGCCAACGGCCGCCUGAACUCUUCAGUGCUUGGCUCGGCCUUUGGCGGCGGCGGCGCCGCCGCCGCCGCCGCCAAAACGAUGGCGUCGCCGUCGCCACUGGGUGACCCGAGCGCGCAGCUUCACGUGACAGCCAAGAUCGCCGACUUUGGUCUGGCGGCGCCGCCGGUGCCGGCGGCGGCGGCGGCGAUGUCGGAGGCGGCGAAGCGGGCGGCGGCGGCGGCUAUCACCAGCUACACCGCUCCCGAGGUGGCGGCGGCUGCCUCUUCGUCUUCCUCGCACUCCGCCGCCUCGCCGGCGCUGACGCAGCGCGGCGACGUGUGGUCGUUUGGCAUUCUGCUGCUGGAGCUGUACUACGGAGUGGGGUUGGACGACUGCAGGCGGCUGUACAACAGCCUGCAGCUGGAGGCGGGCGCGCGCACGGGCAAGCCGCUGGAGGCACUGCUGAUCGAGGACAUGCUGUCGCGCUCCGAGACGCGGCCCUACGCUCAGCUGGCCGCCGAGUGCCUCAGCCGCGACCCGCGCCGCCGGCCCGACUUUGUGCAGGUCGUGGCGCGGCUGCAGGCCAUCUACGCCACCGCCUCGGUCCUGGCCCUCGCCAAGGCCACUCGCCAAUCCAGUGCGAUGAGUGCGGCGCCCGGAGGGGCAGGUGGAGCCGGCGGCGGCGACGGCCGCUCCAGCAGCAAUGGCACGAUGCGUGCCCCCAACAACGCAGACGCUGCGCCGUUUGCCAGCCGAGCUGGCGGCGCGGCUGCAGCAGCCGCGUCUCUGAAUGUGCGAACAAGCAGCGUCAAGCAGAUCUCUAUGUCUGGUAUGGCAGGUGGCGGCGGCGGCGGCGGCGGCGCAUCGCCGGGGCUGGCGAACGGCAGCCCCGGAGUCAGCCGCGCCAGCAGCAGCUUCCGCAUACGGCCGGUGCCCAUGCCCGCCGCCGCCGCCACCGGGCCCGCGGCGGCGGCCGCCGGCCUGCCGGCUCCCAGCCGCCUCAGCGGUGCUGGCGUGUCGCUCGAGACCCGCACCAGCAUCGGCGGCGCCCCGCCCGACGGCGGUGGCGGCGGCGGCCGCCGCCGCACCAGCCUCGGCGGCCUGAUGGGCGGUGACGGCGCCGAUGACGCCGGCGGCCCGCCGUACAGGGGCGCCGUUGCGGCGGCGGGCUUUGACGUCGCCGAGGAGGAGCGCGGCGUCGCCAGUGACGGUGACGCCGGCGGCUGGGGCCGCCACCACAGCCACGCCGCCGCCGCCAGCGGCGCGCUGGGCGGCCUCGCCGGCGGCAGGAGCCGCCACCGCCUCAGCACGCUGGGUGACCUUGGUACUUUGGAGGAGCAGCGCAGCAGUGCCGGCAGCGCCGCCGGCGGCGGCCAGGAACCGCCCCUGGGCAGCAGCAACGGUGGUGGCGGUGGCAUUGGCCGUCACGGCCGGCCGGUGACGUCGGGUGGCGCCGCCGCCGCCGCCGCCGAGCUGCUGCUUCCGCCGGAGCGCGCCUCGUGGGGCGGCGGCCGGAGCAAUGCAGCCGCCCUGGCAGCAACCCUGGUCAGCGGCGGCGGCGGCAGCGGCGGCGGCGGCGGCCGCAGCCAGAGCGGCGGCGGCAUGCUGCAGCGGGCCGACAGCAACGGCGGCAUCGGCCGCUUCAAGCUCAGCCUCAGCGGCCAGGCCUCGCCGUCGGCGGCGGCGGUGGCGCCGCUGCCGUUCGCAGGCGGCGGGGGCGAUGGCAGCGGCGGCGGCGGCAGCCGCCGCAGCAUCGCUAUCUCCAAUGGCGGCGCCGCAGCCGCCACCGAUGGCCACACCGCCAGCACCUCACGCCUCAGCAUCGGCAGCGCCGCCGCCGCCGUCACCCUAACUGCUGGCGGCGAGGAGGAUGCACGCGACAGCCAGGGCGGCCGCGCAGGGCCGCCUCCGCCACCGCCGCCGUCCGCGCACGCGCUGGGCUCGACGGGCUCGGGCUCGGCGCACAACCUGCCGGCCGCCGCCGCGCUGGCGGCUGGCGACCGCCGGCGUGUGAGCGGCGGCGGCGGUGGUCUGGUGAGUCGGCGCUCCAGCGGUUCCAACCUGGCGGUAGUGGGCUACGCCGACGGCAGCGUGCAGGUGGCGCCGGGCUCGGCGUUCUCGCGGGCCCAGAUCUAGAUCCGGAGGAUCCAGGCUCGGAUCCGGAUCCGGAUCCAGGAGCUAGGCGGUGUGGGGGACAUGUGCUUGCUGCCUCGUCGGGCGGUCGGACGUGUGUAUGUGGCUGAUCGGUGUGGCUGUGGGUGGGUGCUUCCGCGGCGGCCCUCUGGGCGGGGUGGAUUACAAUGACAGGAGUGCGUUGGAAGCUCUGAGAGAGUGAAAGGGACCAGGGCAGGGAGCGAGGGGUCGGCUGCGCAGGGCCUGUAUGCAGAUGCACUGCGCGGCCCUGGGGGCAGCACCUUGGGCGCGUGUGUGUUAUGCGUGUGUGACGCUUCUGUGAUGCGUGUGUUAUGCGUGUGUUACGCUUCUGUGAUGCGUGUGUGACGCGUGUGUGAUGCGUGUGUGACUCACUGUCAGUGUAGAAGGACUGAGGGCGUACGGCAUGGAGAUUAGUCGAUUACGUUUCGGGCUUCUAAUGCCGCCGCCGUUCGUAGGCGCCCUGCCGCGAAGGCAGAGAGUGGCCCUGAUUCGGGGCACGCCGCUAGCGGGCGGCUGUGUCAAUGCGAGGGGUUGAGGGGCGUGGAUAGAUGUGUGGCUCGGCUGUGUAACGGCAGGUGAUGGUGUGCAACAGCUGCAGACGUACAUCGGUAGGUGCCCGAUCCGCACGGCAC